AAGUCCGCGGACGCGCAUUUGAUAAUCUCAUUUUUUCGAUUUUUUUUUUCAACGACAGGGGAGUCAGCCAUGGCGGGGGCGGCCGGAGUCGGCGCGGGGGAGUUCAGUAGCGCCUGGACGCUAGCGGAGGCGGCGGCCCGCGAUCCGUUCCAUCUCGGACAGUUCUUCGCACUCCUCUGGGAAAACACCAGCGGGUACCUGCUGGCCGCCUGCCUGGUCUCGGUGGCCGCCGUAUUACUCAGCUGGGUGUACGUGGUCCGUGGCGCCGGACCAGCCCGUGGUCCGGACCAGAGGACCGGUGGUCCGGACCAGAGGACCGGUGGUCCGUCGGAGGACCGCUCCUCACCGGCGACUCGCUCUCCGACCAAGACCGGCCGCCACACCCCCUCCGCCGCCGCCGAUGACGCCGAUGACGGCGCUGAUGACGCCGACUCGGCCAGUGAGGGCAGCGCCGCCGCCGCCGCGGUCCCUCCUCCCCCUCCUGAGGAGGAGGAGGAGCUGUGUUCCUCUGAGGAGGGUGGAGGAGGGGUUCCUGACCUGGUGGAGAUGGCCCACCAUCUGCCGGCCAGGAUGAAACAGGCCGAGCUGAGACACAUCCGGCAGAAACUGCAGAGCGAUAUGACUGAGGAGCAGCGGCGCAGAGAGCGACAGGUGGAGCGGGAUCAAAUGACUGCCAUUAUGGAGCUGAUGCAGAAGAACAGCGACAAGUUCGGCUCGCCCUCGCUCGACGAUAUGCAGGCACAGCUCAAACUCUACAUGUGAGAGCCGUACGGAUACGCCGGGGACGACGGUUCGAGUCCCGGUGAGAGCUGAUACUUUAUCGAAGGUCGGGGAACAGGGAGACGAAGUGGGAAACAUUGACGAUGUUUGUGUGACUCUUCGGUCGAGCAGUCUUACACAACUGAUUGAUGUGAUUGUUAUUGUGUUUUGGGAAAAGCUGUUAGUAAGGUACGCGUUGGUACUUCCUUUGAAUUCCGCGGUUUUUAUUUUUUAUUUGGGAGCAUUGGCGAAGCUGCCUUCUAAAACAUACUAAAUUUUGACCAUUUUAAGUGCCGUUGUGUAUGGAAAGACCGUAAUUAUGAUGUGGCAUUCACGAGAAACCGUCCAACCAGGGCACUGAAUAGUUCAAGAGUUACUUCUCAGUUUGUGAGGCUCUUGGUAUUCAAAUUUCGUUGUCGCUUUUCCCGAGGCAUGCUACGUCAGUGUGGACAGAAGUGAUGUGAGUUUAGCCCCACCAUUUUGCCCCGUGGGGUAGCAAAAUAUCUUUAAUAUUUAACUGCGCGUCAGUGCCGACUUCCGACUAUACCUGAGCUAGUCAUUGACUCGAGGAGUUUCUGUCGGGGAACUCUGGGAGUGCUGUCCUUGUGACAUAGGAUACUACGUGUAUUGUUGGUUUGUGAGAGCAUCGUACGAAUAUGUGACACGUUAUCGUGCUCGAUGUAUGUGAUCUUGAAUAUUGAUGUUAUGAGUGAAUGUGGACAUUGUCCAAUAUUCAUUGCCAUUUAUGGAUAACGUUUUAGUAUCGCACUGUUAUUUAUCUUGCCUUGUGUCUCAUCCUGCGUGAUUCGGAGUAUCAGCAGCAUGUCACGAGGAAAAGACGUUGACUGGUUUACGUGAAUGUGCUUAUUGUGUUUUCCUUCCCAAGUGGCCACUGGCCAACUCCUUUUCCAACGCUUUUUCCCGGGUAGAUGAGGACCACUUUUUCUGCAACACACCCAUGAUGCGCAUUCGGUCCAUGUUUUGGGAACCAAACCCAUUUUCCUCCAUGUGUACUUUUAUCAAAGGUAAUUAUUUCUAUCAUAAACCGUUUUAUUGUAGUGGUGCACUCGUCAUUUAAUAAGAAUUCGCAGCGUAGUAGGCACGCUGUUCGCAGCGUAGUAGGCACGCUGUUCGCAGCGUAGUAGGCACGCUGUUCGCAGCGUAGUAGGCACGCUGUUCGCAGCGUAGUAGGCACGCUGUUCGCAGCGUAGUAGGCACGCUGUUCGCAGCGUAGUAGGCACGCCGUGAUCAUAGCUUGUUCAGUGCCGCGGUGUAUCACAGUCUCUUCCAUUUCCUUCCCACCAAUUGGUACACAGCUGAGCUUCAAUGGGUAACUGUCAAACCGUCUUCAGCUAGCCGGCCACGGAAAAUCCCGAGGCUUCUGUCAGAGGAGUGCGCGUAUGGUGACUGAUCUCUAGUUAUGUGCCCACUGCAGUGUCUGCCAGAUGCUUUGUCAUACAUAGUUAGUACCUAGUGGUUUUAGUCCGCAUAGUUGGAUGUGCAUUGCUCUAAACGACUAGGACACCUCUUCCAUGUAUUGAAGGCGCCUUCCUGCCAGAAAGCGUCGAUAGUAACUCUAUCCGCAAGCACUCGUGACUCUGUGCAUCUUUGUGUACAGCUGUAAACAAUAUAUUGUAUUUGUA